AUGAAAGAGAAAAAAGAAAAAGAAGAAAACGAUAAAAUUAUGACCAUCUAUUUUAUUUUCAUGUUAUUGAUAGUUGUAUUAUCACCGCAAUCAAUAUUUCCAGAGCAACUUUCAAGGUGGGAACUAAAUAUUUUUUUAAUCAAAGAAUGUUUCGCAGAUUAUUAAUGAGUUUGUUCACGGCUGUAUUUUGCUAUCACUGUUCAGAAUUAGAAAAUUCAAUUUUUGUUUCAAAACCUUUGGUUUUUCUCGGAGAUUUGUCAUACGUCAUAUAUCUCAUUCACUGGCCAAUUAUCACGGUCAUUAGAUACACUAAUUUGAAAGAUGUUGAAAGUUUGGAUGUCUCAGGUUAGUAUCAUCGAAUUUUCCACAUAAUUAGUUCAAUUUUAUUCUAGAAACCAUUUUUAUCCUCUUCUUAACAUUUUCAAUCACAUAUUUUCUUCAUAAUAGUCUAGAGGUCUGUUUUUUCAAACUUCAACAAAAAAGGCUAAAUUUUGUUUCAGAAAAAGUUUAUCUCAUGGACUUUCUCGACAUCUCUGAUUGUUAUUUUUAUAUUUUCUGGUUUAUCUUAUUUUUCACUCGAUAUUUUGAAAGAUCAAGAAUCAAUAUAUUCUUUAUUACAACCUGAAGAGCUUCAAAAACAAAUAAUUUUGAAUACCAAAACAGAACAUCUUGUUAAAUAUGUGCACAAUCUUCCAUGUAUUUAUGAAGAUGAUCCAGCUAACUCAAUUAUUGAACAAACUUCAUGCUUGCACGUGAGUUCAUAUUUUGAAUUGCUUACUUUCAGAAAUAGAUUUCAGAAUUCCACUGGUUUUGGGAAGAUUUUAGUGAUAGGAAAUAGUUUAGCAAUACGUGCUUUUCCUUCAAUUUUUGAAUUUUUGAACGGAAACUAUUCCCAGUUGAGAUUAUAUGCAAGAACAUCUUCAGCACCAUUAUCUGAUGCGAAUCCAGCUUAUACAAAUGAUAGUAUUCGUGUAACAAAACAAAUGAAACCUGAUUUGUUAUGGAUUAUUCAAGGAAUGAAGUUAGUACAGAAAGUUAUUCAAUUUUUUCAAAAAGUAUUUGUUUUUUCAGUGAAAUUGUGUUUUCUCAUUCAAGUUAUAAAGCAAGAAUGACGGACAAAAUACUGGAUAAAACGACACAAAGAGUUUUGGAUAAAUUGAAAAACAAUGCAAGAAUAGUUGCAAUUGAUUUACCUUAUUACAUAUCGCGUGAUAAUACAAGUAGUAUUCUAGCGAGAAAAUUGUUGUACGGACAUGAAUAUGAGCAAUCUAGUAUUGUAAAGGCAGCUGUCAGUUGAUUUUGAGAAAAAAACUACGAACUAGAUAGAUACGUUUUUUUAGGUAGUAUCUAAUCAAAUUGUUGGUCAAACACACCGAUUAUUGAAUCUUAAAUGCUCGAAUUGUUAUUUUACUCCAGUUCAGGAGUCUAUAAUGCAAAAUCGCACCGACUUUAUAAAAUAUGAUCUUGAAACAAAGGCAGCCAUUAUUCACGAUGGAUCGCAUUUAUCAAGAAUCACGCAUCGAAAAUUUUUAUAUCCGAGUUAUAUGGAACAUAUAAGGCGUUUCUAUUCGUUGUUUCAACUUGAAAAGCAGCAGAAACCAUGA